GGGCAUUUGGUAAUUAGAAUACGGUAAAGUACACCCAGGCUGCCCGAUUUCGCCAGGGAAACCACACGCCACAAGGCGGAGAUCCGGUUCUGCCUAUUACCGCCCAGCGGUCUUUAGGUUUUCGUCCCUUCCCUCUCAACUCCCUUCCAUCAACCACCCAUCAACUCCCACAUCCCCCCAUUUCCCCCAUUACCCCCUUUUCUUUCUACGUAAAGCAAAUGGCUAUCAUGCUAGACUGGCUCUUUGUGUAAGGAGCCUGACUAUUCUCUCACUCGACCGAGUGUUUUCUGAGACCAGUCUGAAGGAGCCUAGAAGGAGCACAAGGCUCUGCAGAAAGCCGGGAAACAGAGUGGAACAAGUACAAACUCGAAAGUGAAAAGACACCCAUUUCAGAGAGACAUAAACUCUCGGGAUCAUUGAAGGUCUCGCGGUCGUUCCAUUUCUUUUCUUCAAGAGUAUUGCUGCAGAAGCGUCAUCUUAAGUCGCUUAAGACGCCAGACAAAAGACCAGGGGUUGUCGUCAGUCACGGGAAAGGGAAAGAACCACAAAUAACCUGCAGAGCCAGAAAGCCUGAGAGCCUGACAGCCUGAAGAAGUUGGCACCUAAGGCUACAAGCGAAUGCCUGAGGCUUCACACUUUUUUUUAAGACGCCCAGCAGAAAACCGUGGUUCAACGGCAUAUUUAAACCAGCUGAUCCACCUGGUCUUCGCUCCUCCCCGCAAAAUCCUUCGGCCGAAAGAUUUUCCGCCAUCCGAGUUUUCACCAGAAUUAGCAGGCGGUGACGCAGCUCGAUACUAUUGGAUGCACGUGACGCUAGGAGUGUAGCAACAUUCGUCUGAAGAGUUGACAUUGAACGCGUGGAAGCCACCACCAUGGAGCAGUCAUCGGCACAAAAUCAGAUGCCGGGUCUGCCCCAUGCGGGAGCUCCACAGGGGGUUCCAUCGGCUGACUAUUGGGCUUCCCUCGAUGCCCUGUACCCGGAUCCUCAGCUCCAAUCUCAAUCAGCGCCGCCGUCACAGCAGCAGAAUCCGUCUGUAGAGCAGCAGCAGGCGCCAAUGGGGAUCACAUGGGACCACCCGGUAUUUCAACAGCAACAGCAACGAGGACAACAACAGCAGAAUUCUCUCACGCCUCAGUCCGACCCCAGUCACGGCAUAUACUCGUCCAUUCCCCCUCCCUCGUGGCAAUCAAACCCGUUGCAGACGCCAGCUCGAUAUGGAAGCUCCCCCCAAUAUCAAUCCCAUCAACAACCUCCCCAGUAUCAAGGACAAAUGACAUUCGCCUCUGGGAUCAAUCCAUCCGACAGCUCGACAUUUCCCUCAUUCUCCUUCCAGCCCGGCUACUUCCAUUCGCAACAACUUCCUCUCCAGGACGCCUUCCCCUCUCGUACCCCUCGUCCCCAACACCAGCAGCAACCACGGCAGCCGCAGCUUCAGCCGCUGCCACAGCAUCAGCAGCAACAGCAGCAACCGGGAUAUUCCGCCGGUGCACCACAUUCCUCCAUGCAAUACUCAAUGCCCUCGGGUUUCUCUCAGGACCUCUUGUCCAACACCAUCGACCUCACUAACGACGACUAUACAAAUACUGACGCCGGAGUCUCCCAUCAAACAAUUGACCCGUCGUUCCUCAACGAGAUGGCCCGGUCGUCAAAUGUAGCGCAUACUCUCCCCAACAACUUUUCCUUCGGAGGCUCGGUGGACUAUGAGAGACCCGAUGGGCUCUUCAAUUAUUUCCAGAAUGAUCUUUCGGUCCAGCCACAACUAAGUACACUUCACAAUACUGGCGUAACCCAAAUGGGCGAACUCGCUCCCAGAACUGCCGGAGUCCCUCAUCAACCACUUGCCCCAGCCCCGAAGAAGGUUCAGGCUAGGAAGGCUACGCAAGCCAAAAAGACCGGUGUAAAGGGACAGAAGAAGCACCGGGAAGAAUCGGACAGUGGAAGUUCUGACGAAUCGGAUUUGGAGGUUGAACCUGAACCAUCUCCCCUCCCUGCGGUUCGCUCAAAUGAGCCACUUGAAGCUGCUCACUACGACACAAUACAAGCGGUCUGGUCUCCACGUAAUUUGCGUGUCUCUGCUGAGAAAGUCAAGGCCUCCUUGGUUGCCUUCAAGGAUGUCGUUAAAGGGCUUCGCGAUGGCUGGAAAGACCAAGUUCAAGCCAUGAAAUCCGCAGAGAAUCAAGGAGACAAUGACAAGGCCACCAAAAUUAAGCACGCCGUGGCCCUCCAGCGUCGCAUCAUGGAGAAGAUUAUCUCCACUACUUUAGAAACAGGUCAUCCUGUUAUUGUUGAGAAGAUUGGUGAGCACCCGGUGACGUUAUCGGUGUUCUAUUCAUUCCUGGCCGAUCGUUUCCAGGCUGCUGAUUUGGAGGGCUCGUUGACAUUAAACUUGCUGAAGCUUCUUGCGCGUUUCGUGACCGUAGAUGAGGAAUUGUUGCAGAAAACUAACAUGGCCAAGCUACUUCCACGAUUUGUCAAGAAGGGAACACCUGCCAUUAAGGAACUCGCGCAGACUGUUCUAGACAAUGCUGCCGCAUCUUCCAAAAGGAAGCAGAUUAAUUCAAAGCCAAUCAAGGAAGAAUCCCAUGCGAAACGAGACUCGCCAUCUGUGGAGAUUGUUGGCGUCAAACGCCCCCGGGAUAGUGAGAGUAAUAGUCAGCCCGCUAUGAAGCGGAUGAUUGUUACGUCCAAUCCUAAAGAGACCGCAAAACCUACCUCGGUUCCAAAUGGCCCCGUCAAACGCGCCGUGGAGGGCUCUCUCAACUUGAAAUCAACGACUAAUCCGAUUACCCCUCGUCCAAAGGCACCAAUCGCUCCACCCAAGCCAACUGUCAUCUUUGGUGCACUGAGUUCGGCCUCCAAGAGACUUGGCACCACCAACGCGGAGAGAAAAGCGGCUCAAGCGGCUGCGAAGUCCACGCCUCCACCUGAAACCAAAGACAAGCCGGCUGCACCUGCUCCCAAGCCCGCAUUCUCAUUUGGUGACCUCAUGGCGGACCUUAACAAACCAAAGCAGGCGGUUGUUCCAAAGCCCACAGAAGAGCAGCCCCCGGAGACCGAAGAGGAGCGCCAGAAGCGCUUGCGCAAGGAAGCCCGGCGCAAACUACGGGUCAAAUGGAAACCGGAGGAAUCUCUGACCGAAAUUCGGUUGUUUACACAUGAUCCAGAUGAAGAGCUUGGCCCUGGAGAUGGGUCUAUGCGAGGCAUGGGCGAUGUAAAGGGAGAGGGUAGCGUUCUCAAACUCCAUAAGGAAAUGGAAGAAUUAGAGGAAGAUGACCUGGGUGGCAUUCGGGAGACUAUCCUGAAUCCUUACACUUGCCUAUCUCAGAUUCUCAUCGAGUCUGCAGAUAUGAAAAGUGCCAACUUCAUCAAGCGUGGUGGGGAUGAGCUGCCUGUCAGCACGGAGAAGACCGCACAAGAUCAGCGCGAGGCGACCACUCUCAUGGUGUUUCACGCCUCUCCUGCUGAUGUCCCAUCCACCCCGAAGGAACCUCCUACUGCUGACCCCAAUGAAAGCGUGGCUGAAGUCAUUCCAUUUGGCGAGAUCCCCGACAAUAUCAAGGCCCGACAGGAACGCUACUUUGAUUAUGUCAAUCCCAAGCCAGUAGUAGCUGCCGCUCCGGACCCUGCGCCAGUGCAACCCGUCCCGGCAAGCAAUCCUGGAUUCGAUUUACCAAAUCUACUCAAACUCAUCAAGGCUGGAACGCCACAGCAACAGUCUACGCCCCCUCCACAACCCCAGCCAGCCCCUCAGCAGGCGCCUAUGACCGACCUGGAGCGGACUAUCAACAUGUUCCGUCAACAGCAGCAGCAACAGGUCCAGCCUUCAAUUCCCCCGGUCCCACAGAUUCCCCAGAUCCCUGCGACACAGCCACAGGCCUUGCCAGGCGGUGUCGAUUUCCAACAGCUCAUGAGUGUCAUGCAGCAAUUCCAGCAAGGAACUGGCUUUCCUCAGCCUCAAAUGCCGCAAUCGCAGCCGCAGAUGCAACCUAAUCUCGGUGCCAUAUUCUCGCAGUUCGCGGGACUGAACCAGCAAGCCGGUCCGUCUACUCAGGGUUACGAGGACCCCGAGCGUAAGCGAAUGCGUGAUAGUGGUCAAUACGAUGACCCGAACGAUAGCCAAUGGAAUCGCGGAAAGCGGACCAAGGCGAAUGAUCCAAAGCCUUACAAGGUUGGACUGGUUGCUUGUCGUUUCUGGAAAGAGGGCAAGUGCAGAAAAGGCGACAACUGCACGUUCCGACACGACUCUUAGAUUCCUCCGGAUGAUAUUGAUCAGAUGGAUAAUUAUCUGGUCGCUUCCGACAAAGUUCCCUCCCCUCUACCUACGCCGCGUCUUCCACCCCCCCCCCCAUGAACCCUUCCCCUGCACAUUGUAUUUCUUACUCUACAUCAUAUCACGAUCAUGCAUAACACCUCCGCUAGAGAACCACUUGCAGCCAGACAGUACCAGGCGUUGAUCGAGUCAGUCUUGACGUGUCGGGGGAAUGAGUCUGGCAGAGUCAGGUUUCUUCGGGGUUGUUUCGGUUACAUUCGCAACGUUUUGCAUGGCCACUCCCUUUCCCCAUCGUCCAUAGACAUGGGACGGGGUGGCACCGGGCGUUUUCAUCUUGAUCUUCCUCGUUUCUCAUCUCUUCAGUUCUCGUGAUUCAUGCUACACACAGCUUUCUCAUAUUCUUUGCCUACCGUGGGUUGCGGAGGCUUCAUUUUUAGCAGGGCGGUUCGCAGAUAGGGAGGUCAUCUUAUGGCGCAUGUUUCAUUUCCUUUCUUUCCUUUUUUUUCUCGUGGGAACAUGGGGAGGGAAGAGGCCACCAUGUACAUUAAGAUAAUUGAUCCCCUACAAUGAAGAACCCAUCCGACGUCUUCCAAAUAGAGAAAAACCUUGUAACUGUCUAGCGUAUCAUAUUCUUAUCAUAAUUUGAACAUUCA